CCAAGCGUCACAGUAACUGCGAAACUAUAACCUGAGACAAAACAAACUUAGAUUUCAACAUUAAUUAAACAUUGCGACUAAGCUUCAUAUUUUAGAUAUGUUUUUUUCUUAUUAUUGCUAUCAAUUUGAUUGUCUAACCACUUCAAACGAUCGAUAUGUUGAUUGUGGAUUUCUGAAUGACAAUCACAACUUAGUAAAUCUUCUUUGAUUCAAGUUAAAUGUAAUGAUCAAGAAUUAGAUGCACAUAUUUUUCCUUGGUAUAUUGUCUACAUUCUGAGCCAUCAUGUCUGCCACUAUUCCAAAAACAGAAAUGCCUAGCUCCAUGGAAAGUAGUUUGACAUCACCAAGUUCUCUUGGCAUUAUGUGUAGCAGCAGUGAAAGGGAAGAUUUUCAACAAAGUUUAUUAUGCAUUAAUGAUGAGAGUUCGAGCAAAUCCUCUGCAUCUCCUCCAGAAAAAACUAUUAUGUAUCCUCCAGCUCGUUCUGCUAGUACACCUGUAGUUACUACAGUUGCUCCAACUUCUCCAACGAUUACUAGUUCAACUAGUAGUCCAGCUGCCUUUACAACAGUUAGAUCAUCUGCAGCUUCUGUUGCUCAGGGAAUGAGUUUCUUGCCCCAUACUAGAGCUAAAAAUGGAUGGUUAGAUGGAUUGUUGGUAUGUCUUCGGCCAGUUUGGGGAAUCCUUGGCAAAGCUGCAGGAAAUGAACACAUUGACUCUGAUGAAUGGGAAAUACCAUUUGAAAAUAUUCAAGAUUUACAGUGGGUGGGAAGUGGAGCGCAAGGGGCUGUUUUCCUGGGUGAACUUGAAGGAGAGCUGGUUGCUGUGAAAAAAGUACGCGAGAAAGAAGAAACAGAUAUAAAACAUUUAAGACAUCUUCGACAUCCUAAUAUAGUGACUUUUAAAGGUGUGUGUAUCCAAUCUCCUUGCUACUGCAUAAUUAUGGAAUUUUGUCCAUAUGGUCAGCUUUAUGAGAUGUUACGCAGUGAUAGAGAUAUACCUCCUGAUAAAACUCUUGAUUGGUGUAAACAAAUUGUAUCUGGAAUGGAAUAUUUGCAUCAAAACAGAAUAGUGCAUAGAGAUUUAAAAUCUCCCAAUGUACUCAUAAGUAUGAAUGAAGUUUUGAAAAUUUCUGACUUUGGAACCUCACGUCAGUUGAAUGAUAUCAGUACAAAAAUGUCUUUUGCUGGUACAGUUGCGUGGAUGGCUCCUGAAGUCAUCAGACAUGAUCCUUGUUCUGAGAAAGUGGAUAUAUGGUCUUUUGGAGUUGUAUUGUGGGAAUUGCUAACUCGAGAAGUUCCAUACAAAGAUGUGGAUUCUUCUGCAAUUAUUUGGGGUGUGGGUAAUAACAGUCUUCAUCUUCCUGUUCCAGACUCUAUUCCAGAAGCAUUUCGAAUUCUUUUAAAACAAUGCUGGAGUUCAAAACCUAGAAAUCGACCCUCAUUCCAUCACAUUCUUUUAUACUUGGAUACUGCUGCUCAUGAACUCAUUGGUGUUUCUAGAGAGAAAUUUUUACAAAAUCAAACUAGAUGGAGAAAAGAAAUCGAUGAAUAUAUGCAAAAUUUCCAAGAUAAGGAAAGUCGUGUUCCUUUGGUUGAAGAAGAUUUGGUUAAACAACGUAGAGAAGAGCUACGCCAUGCUCAAGACAUUCGAGAGCAUUAUGAAAGAAAGUUAGAGAGAGCUAAUGACUUGUACAUGGAGUUGGCAACUUGCUUACUUCAACUUGAACAAAGGGAAAAAGAACUUGUUCAGCGCGAAGAAAACUUGCAAGGUUCAAAGAAUGGACAAGAUAAAGCAUGUAAAAGAAAUAUAGUUAGGCCAUUACUUCGAGCCCAUGAAAGACUUACUAAAAAGCGUUCUCGCAAAAGUUCAAGUUCUCUUAAAAGCCCAGACGAUCAGACUUUAAAUUCAGAAAUACCUCAAGCUAAAAGGACUCCACCUCAACUAUAUAUAGCAGAUCCUGUCAAUAGUCAAUUUCCAGGGCAGGCAGCUGUUUAUGUAGCUGAAAUCCCACCAAAGCAAGAAUUUGAAGUGUUUUGUGAAGAGACAGCCCCAAAUUCUUAUGGGCAUCAAAAGAAUUCCUCUAAAGGCCACUUGCCUUAUAGGCCAGCUGUAAUUUUCAAUAUGGAACAGAAUCAUUCCAAUCGUGACUGUGACUUGCCUAUAAAUUUCCAAUCAAGACCUAGCAAUGUUGAAGUGAUAAAAAAUAGACUUUCUGGUAAUCCCAGGCAUUGCAAUUGGGAUCAGUUUGACUCGGAUGAAAAUGUGCCUCCUGCUAAAGUUCCUAACUGGCAAAGAGAUCCACAAUCAUAUGAAAUUGCAAAACAGAUAAAUAAAGAACUGCAGACCAGAAGACAGGUUGAAAGUAUUGAUUAUCAUUCAGAUGAUGCAUCUAAUGGCAAUAGACCAACUGCAAUACACCAUGCUCUGAUUGAUGAUGACAUUCCCUAUAAUUUUUGUGCUGGAGGUUCAUUAGAGAGCUUAAAACAACCAAAGAAAUUACAUUAUUUCCCUAGAGUUGUACCUGGUGUGCCAGUAAGAUAUGGAGGAAGCUUUAAUGACAUUUACCGUGUUCAGGAAUUAGAAAAAGUUGCAUCAGCUCCAAAUCAAUCAACUCAUGACAGAGAUGGAAAUAUUCUGAAGAAAAGAUGGUAUGAACCAGAACUUUUGCCUCCUGAGAUAGCUGCUUGUGAAUGCAAUUUUUCAUCUCCUAAUGAGGUUUUGUCAGGUUUAUCUGAUCUUAAAGUUUCUGAUUCUCUCACUCCCCAAGUUCAUAGGCACUUAAGAAGGCAUACCAUGGUGGACCCUUCAACAGUUCUUUAUGGGAAUCGUGAGGCAUUGGAACUUAAUAGAAUCAAUCGAAAUUCAUUACCACCUUCUGGAGGAGUUCCUUUGGAUAAAGGCAUUGAUUGCAUACCAUUAGCUGCUACUAACUGGUAAUUACACAUUAGUUAUAGAAGCUGCACUCAAGAACAGUUAGUGCCUAUGCUGAGAUCAGAUAUGAUCUUGUUUCGUGAGAUUUGCUGCUCAAAACAAAAGACAUUUUAAUAAUGAUUUGAACAUGAAGUGUAAGUUCAAAUCAUGUGUUUGUUAAUAUGUCUUUUACUGUGUUGAUGAUACCUAACGGAUUGGUAUUGAAUCAAUUCUGAUAAUUUUAAAGAUGUUAAGAGAACUGAAUUUGUAUGUACAUGACAUAAGCAAUGAAAGAUGUUGAAUGUUUACAGUCCAAAGUCUAUUCUUUUCAUAUUUUUAAUAUUAAUUCCCUCUCUUACGGGAUGCAGAAAUUUGUUUCCUUUAUCUGGAAAUAGGUAUUCAUUUAACCAUUUUAACCAUCAAUGUGUAUAGCAUCUCUCAGUAUAUUACAUGUUUGAGAAUUUAAUUGUAUUGCAAUUUUUUUGUAUGUGCAUCUAACGAGUCGGGUCUAAAACUUACUUGAAAGUAUUCCAAAAAGCUUUUUAGUGAUAGUAUUGUAACAAAAUUUCCAAAUUGUACAAAGUGGCAUAUAUUUAUACUGCAUUUUUAACUUUAUUUUAGUACAGUCAAGUUCAAAUAAUUUGAUAUCUGCCUUAGUAUCUUAGAUAAAUAUGUGGUUUUAUUAUUAUUAGAAAUGUGUGUGUAUUAUGUAUAAAACAUAAGCAUCAUAUUGAAUGAAAAAAUUUUAAUUUCAUUGAAGUGAAUUCCUAGCUUGAAAUCUUUUAAUAAUGUAUCUAGAAUUUUUUGUUUUUAGAUAACUUUAAUUCUGAUUGUCCAAUUUUGAAAUCUUACAUAAUAUAAGUAUCAACCUCUUAGCUAAACAUUGCCUG